GAUCCCAAUGUGCAUCAGGUAUCUUUGAAUCGACACCCUUUGCAUCUACUCACGCCACGCGCCCAACAUAUCCGCUCAUAUAUUGGGCGCUGGACACCCCAACCAACAUAGAAAUGAUCUCCAACGCGACGUUUCGCGUUAGUUCGCCUCCCGUUGUAGUUCCCAUACAAAUUUAAUAGUAAAUUAACAGAUCCAUCAAUUCUGAAGGAAUUAGUCUUUUUCCUGAUAUUCUUCCGACAUUGGGUCGUUGUGUUCUACUCUGCUCAAGUUCGUCAGUCAAGACCACCAAUCUCUAUCACCGUUUUGCCCUACCUAAUACUCACCACCACCCAUCAUGUCUAAAUAUUUACUCGAGGAGAAACGCGUGGAAUUGGCUGCUCAAUCGGUCCGUAAAGGCGAACAGCCUAAUUCAGCGGCUGCGGCGCGGCAUUUUGGUGCCCAAUCCCUAUACCGUCGUAUCCUCACCCGCCUCAAUGGCACCGGGUCCCGCUCUAGGCGGCCCGGAGAUGGUUGUUUUCGCCUGCCUCCUCCUGCAGAGCAAUAUCUCGCUCAAUAUACACGACGGUUAGGUGUACUCCGUCUACCGCCAACGAAAGCGCAGCUCAAAGCAGCUGCGGAGUUCGCACUAGAUCAAUAUAACGGUGGACCGCCGGGGUAUAUCGCUCCCCCUCUAGGCAACCCCUCCUUAAUCGUGCUUGUUCGCGUAGUCUCCAACGAAAACUAUAGCCGAAUGGCGGUCCCAGAGAACCGUGAAGCGGCUACAGUCGUAGAGGCCGUGAAUGCGAAGGGGCAUAAGAUUCCUGCCGCUCUUAUCAUGAAGGGUAAAUGUAUCCUUCAAGGAUGGGUCCAAGAUGGGAUGAAUAUCAAUAAGGAUAUACUUCUUCGUGCUACGGAGAAGGCGUUUAGUAACGAUCUAUUCGCACUCGAUUGGAUACAUCACUUUGAGAGCCAUACCAGACCGACGGGACUUUUGCUGGGAGCACGAUAUCUACCCAAUUGCCUUUCCCCCUCAUAUGACGCACAUUAUUCAGCCUCUCGACCUUACCUGUUUCCAACCGAUGAAGCAUUACCAGGGAAGCGGUAUGAGUAUGCGGUCCGCCAGGGUAUCACCGCAUACACUAAGCUGGAGUUUCUGGAUGGGAUAGGAGAAGUGAGGCAGCAGGCCCUUACCGAGGGCACGAUCCGCAGCGGUUUCCGGAAGGCUGGAAUACAUCCCUGGGAUCCUGAGAUGGUGCUCAAGAAGAUCCGCCUACCACCAAGAGAGGCUGAACAGAGACCGUUGACCCCUCCUCCUGAGCAGAGUAUACAGGAGGGUCAGGAUGCCUCUCCUGGCCUGAAGACUCCCACCACCGUGCGAGCUACACGGCGAUUAGGCAGUUUCAUCCAAGGGGACGAGAGUAUUGAUCAGCUGUGUAGAGGUGCCCAGACUCAGUCCCUUGAAGCAAAGAAGGCGAUGCAGGAUCCCUACGACUCAGAUCUCGCAAAGAAGAUGAGAUCACUUAAUGCUAGAGCGGGUAACAAAUGACGGGUCUUCUCAGGGGGGAUGAUUACGGUCGACCAAUGCAGGGCAAUCGUGGAUAACCGUGAGCAGGAGAGAAUAGAUACUCUAAGACAACACUCAAGGAGGCAAAGAGGAAGGAAACUGCCCGGAAAGAGGCGGAAAAGGCGAGGGAAGCACGCAAAAAAAGCUCGUAAGGAUCGUGAGACUAACCACCUCUGCAUCUAUAUCGUAAUCGUGGCGAUAACGCGUGAAUUCGGUGGAUGAGAGGAGUUUCUAAUUCAUGAUGCAUUUUCGACCUCGUAGUGGGAGGUCUUAAAAAGUGAGAUUCAACCCGCCCAACGCGAUUAGAAAUUAAUCCAAUCGGGAGAAUACUAGAUUGGAUGGUUUUGCAAAGAUCUACUGCCAAAUUUGUAUAUUAAUCCAUUUUGGACGCCAAAUAGAA